UCGUCCAGAGUGCCUGAGCUGUCGUUUCUGUCUUUCAUCGCGAGGGAACUUCUGGAUGAGAAAUGUUGCCUUACUGAAGUAAGGGGAGAGACAGAGAGAGACGCACUGACAAUUAAGGAAAAGCUGAGGAUGUUAUUGCUGCUACUCUGCAGGUCCUGACACUGCAAUUGCCUGGCAUCCAGACAUCGUAACCUGACAACGGGAGGGAAUUAGCUCACCCAGGGUCUGCUUGGAAGUAAUGGAGCCGGUUUGAACUUGAAUGUGCGUCAAAGCGUGGCAGGGAGGGAGGGGAAGAUGACAGCGCUCCACCAGUCACACUGCCUGCACAGGGACAGUCGACAGUUCGAUCUCCGAACUCACCGCACGGACAAAUGCCCUCGCCGACACGGUGGUGCCUACCGGAGAGUCGAGUCGAUUUGCUUCCCUCGGGGCUCAGAGGAGGCAUGCGGCACGGGGGAUAGGAAGGACCGAAAGGGGCGUCACGACACUCUUCACCUGCUCGUCCCCUCGUGGCAGAGUUUGAGUGCUUCCAUCGGGUGGAGCUGUUGAGCAGAGACCUCAGACGUACCCAGCGCCUGAUCAGCUGCCCCUAGCUUCAGGUGGGUGGGAGGUGUCUGAGAGGUUGGGGAAUGUCUCUCUCAGUGACGUUGCAGCCAAAUAACGCCGACAGCUUCACAGAUUUAGGGCCUGGAACUAACAAUUCCCUCCUCGGGUGACGUGUGAUGAAUUGUGUGCUUCUCCCGAGCAUCCCAUAACUCUUCGGAAAGUCGGAGUUUUUGCGGGGAGUUGCUGGGGAAUGGACUGUGCCUUUUGGCCAGUAGCAGAUGUGGCUCAAGAGUCACCUGUUCAUUCUCAUCCAACUGGAAGCCCAGGAUUCUGAGGCCUCCUGGAAAAGUGGUGAAUACUUCCAUUUCUCUCCAAACUGUUGUGGCCGGGGGAUAAUGGUCAGUAAAGAAACAAACCAUUCACUGGUUUCGAGUGUCCACUUCAACUCAGACCACACCAUGACUGUCAGAUCUGUCCUACUUAAGAGGGAUCCUGCGGGCUCAUCGGAAGCUGAGAGGAGGCAACACCGGAGGCGUCAAAAGACCCAGCAGGUUCGCUUCAAGGAUCUUGCUGAGGGUCCUGAUGAAGCGGGAGGCAGAAAGACCCCCGAGACGUCUGCUCAGGGGCCGGAGGUUGACAGGCAGACGGAACCGAUCGCAAACUCCCAGAGGAACUGGCAGCAGGCGCGGCCGUGCUCCCUGACCCUUCCCAAUCCCCGGAAAGCCUGCACGAGCACCGCCAUUCAGACCUCCCCCAGCCUCCAGAAGCAGUUUGGGGCGUUCCGGUUCCGGAGCAAAAGCGUCGGCGAUUUUGGUGAGCCAGGCGAACGGCAGGACGGCCUAGCAUUACCGUCCGCUCCCCUGCCUGGGGUGGGAGGGGAGACGAGGGUGGCUGACGCUCGUGAGGAGGUGGAGGAGGAGGAAGAGCAAGGAGAACCUGAGGGCGUCAACAGAGCCACUGCCAUCAACGGGAGGGGAGCGGAGAGGGCCGGAGCGCCGCUGAGUAAUUGCGCGGAUCCCGACCCAGCCUUGAGCUCUCAGCAGAGUGAGCGGACGUCUGAGGAUGCUCAUGGCCAAAGCCCUAAUGGCUCGACUGUAUCUCCUCGCGUUAAGGACAAGGCUACGCUUUGCAAAGACACACCUGACACUCUGACAGAACAGGACCACAAAACACUGAUAGCCGGGCAGCACUGUGCAGCAAAGAGUGACGUCGCAGUCCAUUCACAAAGCCCUUCCAUCCAAUCAUGCUCAUUAAACUCCAAGGCAAGUCCACCACCUUCCAAAGAAACCCCAACCAAUCAAUUCUCACUGAGACCAGGGGCAUGCAGCAAAUUAAAAGCACCGACCUCUGACUUGGACAGUAACCAUUCCGAGCCCAGAAAGGUUGAGUUCUACAAUAUGAGUCAACCUCUCCUCAAGGACCAGCCUUGUGUCUACCGCAAGUCCUGCUUAAAAAGCCCAGCAUCCAUAACCAGCCCCAGACAGCCUAGUAUUUCCAAUCGGACUGAACAAUUAGAACCUUGCCCCUUGACUCCGAACCCAUCAGGAUUGUCCCCAGUGCACGGCGAGGCAUCGCAACUGCCUUCAAAGACUUCUGCCCAAUGUGGAGAACCUGCCAUCCAGUCCAGCCAUUCGGGACCCCCGCUGUCACGUCCUGAUGACUCGCUGGAACUGGUGCCCAGUCGCAAAAAUCCUCAGGACGAUCUGAAGGAGAUGCCGCGUGCAGCGGGCAAACAAAGAGCCAAGUCAGGUUGCUCCACGCAGCACGAGAUCACAUCUCUCCAGUCCCGGUUACAGACAAUGGAGGAUGUCCUACAGACUAGCCAGCAAACCAUUAAAGUUUUACUGGAUGUCAUUCAAGACCUGGAGAAGAAGGAAGCUGUUCGUGAUGGGAGACAAUCCUACCGCACUGGGCAGGACAUUGCAAACUGUGGGACUUGUCGAGACUGUGCCUGCAUCAUCUACAGUGUGGAACAUGAUUUCAGGCAGCAGGAAGUCAGAUUUCAUAGGGUCCUGAGCUCCAUGGAAACAGACACAGGUCAAAGUUCAGAGCAACCUGGCACACCUAACAAGCAGGAAGAAUCGCCAAUACCACGGCAACCUGCCAGGACUGAACCAAAAAAGUCUAAGAGGAAAUGUUUUUGGUUCUUAUGAACUCUGGGUCUUACCACUUCCAGACUGAUUUCACCAUUAAGGGAAAGGUCCAUGUAGAGGUCAACUUUGAGUUUCCUUUUUUGACUACUUCCUUGGUGACUUCAUCCCCUGAUGACAGAAGCCAGUUGUUUCCAUGAGGUGACUGUUUCCUGAACACCAGCUUUUGUAUUUUUAGAAAUAUUGCCACAAUGGAGAAACAAGAAAAAAAAAUGCAAAAAAAGUAUUCUACAU